AAGGUCUUAAUGGAGACAGAAAGAGCAGCAUCAGCAGCACAAAGGCUAGAGCCAAUCAGGAGGCAGGAUGUUGAGAAGCUCCACCCCCUUUAAGAAUCGUCACCGCCUGCACAGAUGGAGAGAGAGAGCCCGGCUCACGUCCUUCGUCACUGAUGAAUGGAGCAGCAUCCAGGCUGCAUCUGCCCGCUCUCGGAUAUAUCGCAGGGGGGAGAAGCAGGACCACCAGCGGCCAUGAAGAGACGACAGAGAGCCGCUCAGGAUGAAGACAACCUACAGCUGGACUCCAACCGGCCUCCGUCCUCACCGCCUCCCCCCGACUCGGCCAUGACACCCUCCACAUCCGCUCUUCUAGCGCUGGCCUCCCCGGCAAGCCGUCGCUCCAUCUCCAUGGGCGACUUCCGGAGGGUGACGGGAGCGCUGCUCGCCGCCUCCGAGCCGGGGUCGGCCUCGGCCACAGCCCCUUCCUCCAGGCUGGUCACGCCGAGCUCCAGCAUGGAGUUCGAGGCCGCUCGCCGGCGCCUACUAGAGUUGGAGGAGCGCCAGCGUGUCAUCAGGGAGAUGGAGCGCCGCCUGGAGGAGCUCCGCCAGGUGUUUGUGCACUCCGAGCAGGAGGUGGUGCUGCACGGGGAGCUGCUCGCCAGGAUGUCCGGCGCCUCGCAGCAGGGGGAGCUCCACGUGGCGGAGGGGAGCCAGCGCUUGAAGAAGGGCCUCAAGUUCAAGAAGCACAGGCCCACCAUCAUCUUCUCCUCCAUGCUCGGACUGCGAACAUGCCUGCCUUGGCCUGUGAAGCUCAAGUAGACCUCUUUUUUUUUUUUCUUUGUUUACUACCUUAAACGCUUCCACCGUCUUUUAUCUCGCUCUCAUCGCUCUAUUUUUGUUUGCACUACCACCCUGAGGCUGGUCCUUUCAGGUCUUAUUAUUCAGGAGCUGGCAAGAAGAUGCUGUUGCCGGUUGUCAUGGAAACCGCGCUGCUUUUCAAGUUCGGACCCUGGCAGAGGAUUGGUGAUGGCUGCCUGAACGCUGCUGCAUGGAUGAGUCACGUAUGAAGUGAGUCACGCUUCACGUAGAGGAAGACAAUUACAUUUUUAGGACGUACCAAAAGGAGUUUAAUGAGAUCGAUCAGAGAGAAAAUGUGCCUUGACGUGUCCCUCUAUGAGUCGUUUGUUAAAACGCUCUUUUUUGGGGGGGAGGCACGAUAGACCAGGAUGAUUCCACCUGUGGCCUCCUGUCUCCUAGCAACCACUGUUUGCUCUCUCUCUCUCUGCUCUAUCCACACAAAGCGUAUCCAACAGAGAGACAAAGAAGAAUCAAGAUGAUACUGUAGAUGCACAACGCAUGUAUUCGAUACCUAUAGUUGGCAUUUAGCAGAUAGAAGAUUAUCUAAAAAAAAAAAAAAAAAAAGACCUUUAAAAAUCUAAUAGUGUUCCAUUUGGGUGAAGACUAUAAAGCAGGGGUCACCAAUGCGGUAAGGACCAGAUAAGUCACCCGCUGGCCUGUUCUAAAAAAUAGCUCAAAUAGCAGCACUUACCAGUGAGCUGCCUCUAUUUUUUACAUUGUAUUUAUUUACUAGCAAGCUGGUCUCACUUUACUCGACAUUUUUAAUUCUAAGAGAGACAAAACUCAAAUAGAAUUUGAAAAUCCAAGAAAAUAUUUUAAAGACUUGGUCUUCACUUGUUUGAAUAAAUUCAUACAUUUUUUUAAUUUUCUUCUUAAAACUUUCGGAAAGACAAUUUUAGAGAAAAAAUACAACCUUAAAAAUGAUUUUAGGAUUUUUAAAUACAUAUACCUUUUUACCUUUUAAAUUCUUUCCUCUUCUUUCCUGACAAUUGAAAUCAAUUAUGUUUCAAAAUUUUAUUUUCAUUUUUUUCGUGUUCUCUCCUCUUUUAAACCGUUCAAUUAAGUGUUUUUUUCAUCAUUUAUUCUCUACAAAAAACCUUCCGUGAAAGGAAAAAAAAUAUACGACGGAAUGACAGACAGAAAUACCCAUUUAUUUUUAUAUAUAUAUAUAUAUAUAUAUAUAUAUAUAUAUAUAUAUAUAUAUAUAUAUAAAUUUAUUAAAGGUAAACUGAGCAAAUUGGCUAUUUCAGGCAAUUUAUUUGAGUGUGUAUCAAACUGGUAGCCCUCCACAUUAAUCAGUACCCAAGAAGUAGCUCUUGGUUUCAAAAAGGUUGGUGACCCCUGCUGUAAAGGAUAAAACCACAUUUGGUGACCUAAAGUCCAGUGAUCCACUAUGAAGGCAUGCAAAAUGAGUUUUAACUGGUUUCAAUACACAAAAAAUAACAAUAAAAAUAAGAUAAAAGGACUAGAUUUUAGGGGGGCAGGGGUGAAUACUAACAACUAGUGAAGUUAUCUGUUCAUGCAGCAAGUGAUUUUUACUUCAUAAGAUAUCCUAAAUCAAGAUUCAUAUCUAGAAAUAAGAUAGAAAUAAGUAUUUUUUUUCUGAAAACAAGCAUUAUUCAACCUUCAAUUCUUAAAUGAAGCGUACUCGGGAUGUUGCAGAAUAUUUUAACAAGAUUAUAUAUAUGUAUAUAUAUAUAUAUGGGGGAAAUAAAACGUUUUAUUUGAAUAGUCAUUUUCUCAAUUUUCAAACUAAAAUAGAAAGAAUAUAAUUAUUUAUGCUAGAGUUAAGACUAUGAUGUCCAGUCAAUGACUAAAAAAUGAGUAAAUAGCUCUUAAAAACAGGGAAAUGUCUGGAAUUAAAAUGUUAAAUCUUGGCAACGAGCAAACAACGUACAGUGUACUGAUGUUUGUUGAGAAAAAAUGUUGUUAGAAACUGCACAACAAAGUACAAUAUUACAUGAAAACUGAUGGUUAUUAUCUUUGGAAAGGAAGAAUUGAAGGUACAGCUCAUGAAUUUUAUUGUACAGGUGUACCUAAUGUUUUGACCGGGGAAUGUGCACAUUAAGCCACAUCUAUUUGAAGGUGAACCCCCUGAGAGGCUGCAAGCACUCUCAGCUCAGCUUUCAGUGGAAAAGGAAUCGGCGUGUGAGUGCACGAGCGGGAAAAGGGGACAUGAUAUUCCAGCAUCAAUAUUUCAGUAUAGUUUGCUGCGAGUCUGUCAGCGUUCAAAAUGCUGAGAUGGUAUAUGAAACCCAGUAAGGUUCUGGUCUGGUACCAGUCUGCUUUGCAAUCAGGAAGAAUGUGAGUAACUUACUAGGGUGUUUUCAUUCUUGGUCUCAUUCUACCAGUCAGCAUUACUUGCAGCUGUGCGAACACUGUGGAACACUUUGAAGCAAACCGGUGUCACUUCAGAUCACUUCACUCUGCAAUUGCAUUGGAACACCAAGUGAUCCAGGUUCACUUCGCCUGGUCUUCUCUCUUUGGUCGCAAAAACGUAAACAGUAAGGUCAGGCAUACACAUGAGUGAGUAAAAUAAAAUAAAAAAUUGCUACAUACCUCGAAAGAGACAAGCGGUAGGAAAUGGAUGGAGUACAGAAUUGGACUUUGUUGAUAACUUUUACAAAUUGUGUUAAAAGAUGACAUAGUCAUGCUAAAUAUUGUGAUAAUUUGUUGAUAACUUUAUUAAUUGUGCUGUUAGAUGACAUGCUAACCAUAGUCUUGCAAAAAAUAUAAACAAAAAAUGUGGUGAAAUACUAGUGAUAAAAAAGUGCUAAUAAUUGCAACAUGGUACCAUAUUGGCCUUUGCUGAUAACUUUUUGAUAAUUUUGUUGUUAGAUGACAUGCUAAGCAUAGUCUUGCAAAAAAUUGUGAUCAAAAAAUAUAAACAAAAAAAUGCUGUGACCAGACUAGUGAUAAAAAAGCGCUAAUAAUUGCAACAUGGUACCAUAUUGGCCAUUGUUGAUAACUUUAAUAAUUGUGCUGUAAUAUGACAUGCUAACCAUAGUCAUGCUAAAAAUUGUGAUCAAAAAAUGUAAACAGGAAAAUGUGGCAAACAGACGAGUGAUGAAAAAGCUCUAAUAAUUGCAACAUGGUACCAUAUUGGUAGUUGUUUAUAACUUUAUUAAUUUACUGUCAGAUUACAUUCUAACCAUAUUCAUGCUAAACAUUGUGAGCAAAAAAUGUAAACAAAAAAAUGUGCCGAACAGACUAGUGAUAAAAAAAGCCCUAAUAAUUGCAACAUGGUACCAUAUUGGCUUUUGUUGAUAACUUUAAUAAUUGUGCUGUAAGAUGACAUGCUAACCAUAGUCAUGCUAAAAAUUGUGAUCAAUAAUUUAAACAACAAAAUGUGGCAGACAGAAUAGUGAUAAAAAAGCGCUAAUAAUUGCAACAUGGUACCAUAUUGGCCUUUGUUGAUAACUUUAUUAAUCGUGUUGUAAGAUGACAUGCUAACCGCAUACAUGUCGAACUACGUGAGAUCGAUCUCUUCUCUUACUGUACGCAAAAUGUUAACAAGAGGGCAUUUUUGCAUACAGACUUGUGACGAAAAAGCGCUAAUCACAACAUGAUGCCAAGUUGGCCUUUGUUGAAAAGUUUAAUAAUUGUGCUAAGCGCUAAACCAUGUGAGAUGGCUCUCUUCUCUUAUUGGUUGCAAAAUGUAAACAGUAAGAAAGUCAGGCACACACAUUUGGGAGUAAAAAAAAAAACCGCAACAUUUUGCAAAAUUGCCCUUUGUUGAUACUUUUAAUAAUUGUGAACCAUAUUCAUGCUAAAAAUUGUGAGCGAAAAAUGUAAACAAGAAAAUGUGCCAAACAGACUAGUGAUGAAAACGCGCUAAUAAUUGCAACAUGGUACCAUAUUGGCUUUUUUUUAAUAACUUUAUUAAUUGUGCUGUAAUAUGACAUGCUAACCAAGCAAUUCUAUUAUUGUCAUACUCUUGUUUGCUAGCGGCUACGAUUUCAGUACUAUUGUAGAUCUUUAAUCCGUAACUCUGUGGUAAUAUUCUUUUCACAAAAUACAACCAAUAGUACGUUAAUUUUAAAUCUUACUUGUGAAAAGUAAUCCCCCGAUUCCUAUUUUCAACGGUUCGCUUAUUUGAGCAGGUAAACGCUUAACUCCAGCUACCCGUCAACUGUCAGUUUAGACUGCUUGCCGGCUCCUCAUCACCACUUCAAGAUGGCGGCCGAAUUUCUCGCGUCACAGCAGCCAAUGCUACGUCUACUUAUAAGACGUCUAUGGUGCUAACCACAUACAUGCUAAACCAUGUGAAAUCGGUCUCUUCUCUUAUUGGUUGCAAAAUGUAAACGGUGAGCAAGUCAGGCACAAACAUUUAUCUUUUAUUUCAACUUUAUUUUAUUCAAGUAUGACAUUUUUAAAUAUAAUUAAUUUCAUUGACAAGCAAUUCUAUUAUAGUCAUACUCUUGUUUGCUAGCGGCUACGAUUUCCGUACUAUUGUAGAUAUUUGCUCCUUCUCAACUCUGUGGUAAUAUUCUUUUCACAAAAUACAACCAAUGAUACGUUAAUUUUAAAUCUUACUUGUGAAAAGUAAUACCCCGAUUCCUAUUUUCAACAGUCCGCUCAUUUUAGCUGGUAACGCUGAACACCAGCUACCCGUCAACUGUCAGCUUAGACUGCUUGCCGGCUCCUCAUCACCACUUCAAGAUGGCGGACGAAUUUCUCGCGUCACAGCAGCCAAUGCUACGUCUACUUAUAAGACGUCCAUGGUGCUAACCACAUACAUGCUAAACCAUGUGAAAUCGGUCUCUUCUCUUAUUGGUUGCAAAAUGUAAACGGUGAGCAAGUCAGGCACAAACAUUUAUCUUUUAUUUCAACUUUAUUUUAUUCAAGUAUGACAUUUUUAAAUAUAAUUAAUUUAAUUGACAAGCAAUUCUAUUAUAGUCAUACUCUUGUUUGCUAGCAGCUACGAUUUCAGUACUGUUGUAGAUAUUUGCUCCUUCUCAACUCUGUGGUAAUAUUCUUUUCACAAAAUACAACCAAUAAUACGUUAAUUUUAAAUCUUACUUGUGAAAAGUAAUACCCCGAUUCCUAUUUUCAACAGUCCGCUCAUUUUAGCAGGUAACGCUGAACACUAGCUACCCGUCAACAGUCAGUUUAGACUGCUUGCCGGCUCCUCAUCACCACUUCAAGAUGGCGGCCGAAUUUCUCGCGUCACAGUAGCCAAUGCUGCGUCUACUUAUAAGACGUCUAUGGUGCUAACCACAUACAUCCUAAACCAUGUGAAAUCGGUCUCUUCUCUUAUUGGUUGCAAAAUGUAAACAGUAAGCAAGUCAGGCAAAAACAUUUAGGAGUAAAAAAAAUGCAACAUUUUGCAAAAUUGGCCUUUGUUAAUACUUUUGAUAAUUGUGGUAACAGAUGAUACGCUAACUACCCAUGGGAGAUUGAUCUCUGCUUUUAUUUACAAGAACAUUUGGCAUUGGUAAAACAAAUAAUCACAAUGUGGAGAAAGGCUAGUAUUGAUGGCAUUAAUGAUAAGCUUUCACACACAUAAAAGUGUUAAUGGUCAAUGGUCAAACCUGAUUGAUUUGCCAGUUAAAUUGAGUUUGCGAUCAUUUGGAAAAAUUUGGUCCGCAUCAGAAUGGAAUACUAUGUUUACACCUGACCAAGCAAAAUACGGUAAUACAGAAAACUAACCAUUUGGUUUGUCUUAAAGCAGUGGUUCUUAACCUGGGUUCGAUCGAACCAUUAAUUGAUUAACCCCGACUUAAACAAGUUUAAAAACUUCUUCGGGUGUUACCAUUUAGUGGUCAAUUGUACGGAAUAUGUACUGUACUGUGCAAUCUACUAAUAAAAGUAUCAAUCAAUCAAUCAAUCAAAACCCUAGGGGUUCGGUGAGUCGGCCUCAGGGGUUCGGCGGAUCCUUCGCCAGGGAGGUCAAGACACACCCAACUCAUUGUGUAAAUAAAAACUUCUCCCUAUUGGCGUAUUAUGGAUACCCCCCAAACAAUGUUCCCUCUAAUUUUCCAUCUGAUUUGCAGGUGUGUGAUUUGUUGUGAGUUGAUGUUGGUUUUGUUCUUUGAACAAGGACAGGUUCAUGCACGGUUGAUUUUGUGCACCAGUAAAAAAAACAUAACUUUGUCUUGAAUUUGAAAAUAUGUUUUGUUUCUCGCUCAAGAAGGGUUCGGUGAAUGUGCAUAAGAUAUCGGUGGGGUUCGGUACCUCCAAUAAGGUUAAGAACCACUGUCUUAAAGGGACGUCAAAGUGAAAACACCCUAAAAUGCACAGUAAAUAGAAUGUCAGCUUUGAUUGUUUUCCCCGUAUCAACUCUUUUAAAGCACUCAAAGGAUCUGUUUGAUAUGGGAAAACAGUCGAGCAGAAGGGAGACUUCUCGUCUUUUUAAAAUUCCUUAAAAGCCAUAACAACCUUGUAAUUGAAUUAAGUCUCGCUCAAGCAUUACACUCAGCCAAGGUGAACGCCUGCGUGCCAUCUUCGGGCACAUCUCAACCAAACAAUUUUGAGCAAAGAGCUACAGUGCAAAUUAGGCCUUUAUAUAGUAAAUGUAUUCCUAAUUCUACUGUAUGUGUACAGUAAAUAGAAAUAUAGUGCUAUACAACUGGCCUAUAGCGCUUCUCAUAUGCCUUAUGCAAUGUCUGUGCAUUGGCAAUGAUAACACUGCUGACAUAGUGAUGGUAAAGUGGCUAACACAUCCAAAAAGGACACGACAAUGCUGUUUUUAGGCUACUGAAAACAUUUCCCAAAGAUCUCGGGGCCCACGUCCAGAAUGAAUGUAAUGUUGACUAUUUCUAAAGAUCUUUGAUUGCUGACUAUUCAAUGUAAUGAUUGUGAUCCUAUCUUGUUUGAACCUUUGAAUUGAAAACCUGUUCUUAUAGUGCAUAAACCUUGACCUUAUUUAACAUGUUCAUGUCAGCCGGUAAGCACAUAAUUGCAUUUUGUUAUUCAAGAAAGACAUAUAAAUUUGAUCUAACGAGUUAAUAAAAUGUUUUUGUGCUCAACUAAAAAAAUGAAUUAUGUGAAACAGGCUGAUGUUGAAAACAUUUAAAAUGACAUUAUAGAUAUACUGCAUACAUAAAAUGUAAAAAUAUAUUUUUUCCAUGUUAUUUUGUAAAAAAAAAAAGUGUAUAUUUGUGAGUUGUAUGCUUUUAAUUUUUUUUUUCUUUCUUCAAAUCACUUGUUUUGCUGUAAACUCCACUUUCAGCACAAAUGUUCACUAUCUUGUUUGGCCCUCACAAUGAUUGUAAGUGUUCAUUUUUAAAUACACAGCCUUAAUUCUUGGCAAUUAAAGGCCUACUGAAAGGAUAUUUUCUUAUUGAAACGGGGAGAGCAGGUCCAUUCUAUGUGUCAUACUCUACUAAAUAAUUUUGCUGAAAUGAUUUAGUAGAGAACAUCGACGAUAAAGUUCGCAACUUUUGGUGCUGAUAAAAAAGCCUCGCCUUUAACGGAAGUCGCAGACGAUGACGUCACAAGGGUGAGGGCUCCUCACGUCCUCACAUUGAUUUUAAUGGGAGCCUCCAGCAGCAAGAGCGAUUCAGACCGAGAAAACGACAAUUUCCCCAUUAAUUUGAGCGAGGAUGAAAGAUUCGUGGAUGAUGAUAUUGAUAGCGAAGGACUAGAAAAAAAAAAAAAUAAAAAAAAAAUAAAAAGCAACGGCUCCGGGCGGCGGCAGUGUGAGCAUUUCAGAUGUAAUUAGACACAUUUACUAGGAUAAUUCUGGAAUAUCCCUUAUCUGCUUAUUGUUUUAAUAGUGUUUUAGUGAGAUUGUAAAGACAUACAUCUAGGUCAGAUGGCUGCAGUGAACACGCAGUGUCUCAGACAGAAGCCGAGGAGCCAAGCUCACAGCUGCCUUUUAAACAGCUACUGCAGGAGGACGAAUAAUCCAAUGAUGUCGCCGGUAAGAUAUAUAUAUCACAAUUUUCCCAUCCAAAAACAUGCUGGUUGACGUAGAGAAACAUGUUCGCUUGACCGCUCUGUGUUAAAAACAAAGAAAGACCGGCUGUGUCUCGGUGCUAAAGACAGCUGCAUUGUUCUUUAUAGUCUCCAUUAUUAAUUUAACAAAUUGCAAAAGAUUCAGCAACACAGAUGUCCAAAUUACUGUGUAAUUAUGCGAUGAAAAGAGACGACUUUUAACCGUAACUGGUGCUGAGCUAAUAUUUCCUGACAGUCCAUGACGUCAUUCCGCGACGUUUUCAACAAGAAACUCCGCGGGAAAUUUAAAAUUGCAAUUAAGUAAACUAAAAAGGCCGUAUUGGCAUGUGUUGCAAUGUUAAUAUGUCAUCAUUGAUAUAUAAACUAUCAGACUGCGUGGUCGGUAGUAGUGGGUUUCAGUAGGCCUUUAAAUGAGUUUAAAUUCUUAAUAGAAAAAAACGCCUGCAACCAUUUUUUUAUUUUUUCUUUACAAACAAGUUUUGUCCUUCACAAAAAAAAAGAAUGUAUGUUCCUAAAAUGUUUUCUCCUUACUUUUUGACCGUCGUUUCAUGUGUAUUUUCUGGACUGUUUAUUUAAGUGCCGUGCUGCGAUGUAUUAGACAAGGACACAUCAUUAGGAUUAAAUGAUUAAAACCGUUACAUAAGAUAUAAAGCUGUUUUUUCUGUGAAUUCCUAAUGGUUCCAUUCGGAUUCAGCAGAAGAGGAGACAUCACUUUGCAUUGGAAUGGCAGUAUUAUGUUGUAAUUUAAUCAUUCACUUCUCCGCUAGAUCCUCUUUACUGUGAAUGUAUUAAAAUCAGAGUUAGAUAACGGCGACUUUAGAUUUAAAAAAAAUAAAAAUGGAAAUGCAUCCAACGGCCAACUUAGUGCUCAUUAUUGUAAGCCAGGGUAUGUGAAGUUACAUUAAGCUGAUGUUUUCGCAUUUGCUCACUUAAUGGACGCAUUAAGCACAUCUCAUGGUUUGCAUAUGUAUAUGUAGGACGUUACAUUUCUAUAUUUAGAAGAGCCAAUAAGGCAAACCUUUUCCAAUAAAUCCAGAUGUAUUCAUUCUUGCAUUUUGAUGGAUUAGCAUCCCACAAUGUAUUGUGCAUUCAUACACCAUGAAGAUAUAUACAGCA